GGACCUCGCUGUGGCGAUGCGAGUUUGAAAAACAACUUCGUCCUUGAUUGUCUGGGAAUGUGUUCUUACGCCAUCCCAUCUUCUGUCCCCAUCAUCCCAGAUCCUCCCACUUCUCUAUCUAGGCCAUGGAACCCGAUGAUACUGAGUUGACUCAAGAUGUGGUCGGCUUCCGGUCCACCAAUUCAACUCCGCCUGCGCAGAUGAACCAUAUUCAUCAAGCCUCAGAUGCCCAGCCUGACAUCUUUGAGCGACAUAGACACUUGAUACAAUGGGUGCUCAAGCACUCUGGUUCCAUCCAUGAACAUGUGCGAUUGGCUCACAGCUCGCGCAAAGGGUACCAUGCCGUGGUGGCCAGUGAUCAGACGGUUCCCCAAGGUAGCAGAAUUGUUGCUUGUACCAUGGAGUUGACUCUGUCCGUCUUGAAUGCCCUCGAUAUCGAACCAUUUUCUAGUCGUGGCACUCGCUUUCCUGCAUCUUUCCUUUCUGCCCAAGCCUCACAACCUCAGUCCCUGCAAGCUUUCUUCCUCAUGGACCAACUGGUCAAGGGAGAACACUCAUGGUGGGCUCCAUACAUUUCCACUCUCCCAACUCCACAAGAUAUCAGCAACUUGCAAUUCGACUGCCUGGACGAUUUGGUUUGGCUUGAAGGGACAAACCUGAAAGCCGCACUAGCGACACAAACAGACAAUUGGCGCGAGAUGUUUGACACGGGCCUCCAGCAGCUGCGUGACCAAAAGUGGCCGAAUGCUUUAAACGGAUCUUACACCUGGGAGCGUUUUCAGUGGGCCGCGACCAUCUUUGGCAGUCGCUCAUUUACGUCCCAAGUCCUCGAUGAUACCCUUCCGGCAGACAAGGCUCGCCAUGCACAUCUCCACCCCAGAGACAAAGAUUACGACUUGGUCGAACUGUUCUCAGGGCACUUUGGCGUGUUACUUCCCCUGCUCGACAUAUUCAACCACCGACCCGGCGCAAAGGUGGAAUGGCAGGCUCGCUAUAGCUUUGUCGGGUUACAAGUUCUCGAAACUUAUAAUGCUGCACAAGAGCUCUCUAACAACUACGGUCCCAAAGACAAUGAGAGCCUCCUCCUCGCAUAUGGAUUCACCAUCCCCAGCAAUCCGUUUGACCAUGUCGUAAUCAGUCUGAAGUCUCGCCCUGGGUCUAUGCUGGCUGAAUCCCGGCGGUGGAAAAAGGAUCCAAGGUCAGACCCGGAGUACAGGUGCUUCAUCUUUGAUCACCGUCAUCCUUCAGUGAUAGCUGCAGUCGCCCUGGAGGUGUCGUUGUUUUCUUACGACCUCCUCGAUGGCCUUUCGGUCCAAUGCGCCAACGAACGAGAGACGACACUUAUGUCAACAGCGCGACAGACCGUCUUCAGUCAAUGUCUGUUGGAACGUCCUGAACGUCCUUGCUUCGAAGACGGGAGAUUGAUUCUGGCCACGUUGUGCCAAUUAUUCAUGGACUGCACUGCUCGUGCCGCCAGACUCAGAGCCACAGAUCCUAGAGCCGGCGACCCCUUGAUCAAGCCAACCACAGCGAAGCAGCAGGAUGCAAAGGUCUACCGCGACAGCCAAUUGGCCAUCGUCGAAACUGCUGCAGCCCUGUGCGGUUAUGUCUUGAGAACGGCGACACACGACUCAACCCCUGCCGAGCCAUCGACAGAGGCUCAACCUUUGCUACCUGAAUACGUCCAGCGUAAUCUCGCAACACUGCUAAAGUUACAUCCCCGUCGACUCACUCGACCGUUCGAGCUAUUGACGCCUUUCGACAUUCUGGAGAUGUUGCCCGUGGACGUGGCGGGACCCUUGCGCCGUCUGCUAAAUGGAAUCGAGGAAAACAUAGACAUUGAAGGGCAAGACGGUCUCACCAAAACGAUGGCCCUGCAGAAAGCUCAGUUGGCGGUGUUAACGUCUGCGUUAUACAGCGAGUUCGACCGAGGGAUCAAACUUCCUCACCGAUUAAGCACAUGGCUAAAAACACUUUCGGAGCGAUACCCUCUCGACAGUGAGUGGUCUUUUGUGCCGGAACCUGGCCCGUGGUCUCCUGGGGAAGAGCCACCAAGCACAUUGAUGAAGCUCUUGGGCGCCAGGGCAUCGUUAUCGCCACAGCUUCCGACCGAGUCUCACAUCAAACAAUGGUUGAUUCCGGAUCGAAUCUGCUGGGGCUACAAUGUUAUGGAAGAGAUGAUUGUUCUGGUCCCAUCAACCAUCUCUGGUGGUGAAGCCAACCCAAACAAAGACCUGGUCACCAUACAUAUGUUCUGGAUGGACUACUAG